UGAAGUUUAAUCGUUUGUAAUUAGAAUUCCCUAAGAAGCAAUAGCCAAAUUAACUGAUAAUGACUUCGACGGGAUACACAUGCGGAGCAAUACUUUUUAUCAUCUUUACAAUGGUUGGAUUUAUUGGCAAUUCGAUAACAACCGUAGCACUGCUCCGUGAUCGAAAUAUAAGACAACACUCAACGACUGCAUUCAUCCUAUCCUUAUGCAUCUCCGAUUUGAUCUUUGCUUCGUUUUGUUUGCCGGUGACGGCGGCUGCAUUCCUGAACAGCGAGCUGAUGCAUCAUGACCCCAUUUGCAAGUUGUAUGGAUCAACAACUUAUAUAAAUUUUGCUAUUACCACAUUCAGUAUAACAGCAAUCGCGGUGAACAGGUCGUGGCGCCUGUCUAUACAUUGUUUGACCAUAACCAUGGUUUUUUGCAGAUACAUCCUCAUCGUACACAAUAGCCUAUACAAAAGUAUGUAUCAAAAGUCCGUCGUUUUCUGUCAGUUGCUAGUAAUUUGGAUCCUUCCUCCUGCACUGAUGUCAAUCCCGUUAACAGACAACUGGGGAACGAUAUCGAGGUACAAAAGAUUAUGCAGAAUAAUGGAAAAGGAUGGCGAAUCAAUCGAAGAUCUGCUGUUCGUUAUCGGAAUUAUUGCGCCAUGCUUUAUCAUAACGGUGCUGUACUCAUGCAUUUACUACACGGUUCGACAACAACUUAGGACAGUUGCGCUUCAGACCUCCUGUCCAUCAAAUUCACAAGCAGUUGAAAGCCAUUUAACGAGAAUGACCCUGUUGAUCUUUGUGUCAUUUGUGUUGGGAUGUUUGCCGCUGGUUAUCGAACAUUUUUGGUUCGGUGGGAAUGAAGUGGGAACAACGUUUUGCAGCAUAUUAACGAUUAUCAAUCCGUUUAUUUAUGCUACCACCAAUCGAAAGUAUCGCGCUGCUUACGCAAAAUUGUUUUCUGAUAUGAAGUUUUGGAGUCUUUCUCUGUUUACACGGGAAACAGACAUUAAAUAA